AUGACCCAGCUACUCCGUUUUCUUCUAAUUUUAUCGAUUUUUUGCGAUUUUUCGCACUCUCAACGACCUACGAUUCGAGUUGGAAUAGCUGCAGCGCUCAAAACUCAAAAUGGGUCGAUUGGAUGGGCUUAUGCAGGUGGUGCAGUACCGUUAGCACUUCAAUACCUGAAGAGUCAUGGAUUUGUGAAGGAUUUUGAUUUUGAAUUCCACGUGGAGUACACCGAAUGCGAUUUGACUGAAACUGUCCGUGCAGGUUUGGAUUUUAUGAAAACCAAAAAUUACGAUGUAAUAAUUGGACCGCCAUGUGCGACACCCCUAAUUGCCAUGGGAACUUUAUCGACAGUAUACAAAAAGCCAGUUCUAGGAUGGGGAUUUGUAAGCGAAUCGGAAUUUUCCGAUAUGGAACGUUUUCCAUAUUUAACAUCGGUUUUGCCGAGUUCUAUGACUUUGGGUACCGUAACUUCUGCACUCUUAGAACUCUACGGAUGGGAUCGAAUCGCAUUGGUUUACUUCAAGAAUGAGCUCAACUACUGUAGUGGAGUGAUUGAAGACGUCGAAACAUCGCUAUAUGACGAGAAUUAUUCACAAAUGGUUCAAGUUGUCAUAAAAGAGGAGGUGGAUCAGAAUAAUACGGAAAAUUUUGUGGCUACAUUGCAAAUGAUCAAAGCAAGAGCGAGAAUAAUCAUAUUCUGCGCGCAAACCGGUGCUGAAAAACGGUUUUAUAUGAUCCAAGCGGGCAAACAAGGCAUGAACACAAGUGAAUACGUUCAUGUGAUGCUAUCCAUGAGGAGUGUCGGGUUUGGGGUGCAAUCGGCGGUUGGAAAGAAGCCUCUAAACUCUGGCCUUGCACCGAUUUGGGAAGCAUUUCAAGUGGCACCAGAUGGAUUGGAGGAUUUGGCUAAAAGUGUGGCAUCGAAAAUGCUUGUGAUUGAUUUGAGCAGUGACAUCAGGGAUAAAGAAUUUCUACAAUAUAUGACCAAAAAUAUAGUUUAUGCGAUUCGAGAGCCUCCACUGAGCUGUAUGGCGCCGGAAUGUCUCGCUGCAAAUGCUACAGGAAUGGGAGCAUACGCACGCCAUCUGUUCGACGUCUUCUAUAUGUAUGGAAUGGCUCUGACGAAUUUGAAUUCGACGGAUCCGAACAUCUAUGGGAAUGUGGAUUUAUUGGUUUCCAAGUUUACUACUCCUUUUGAAGGAAUGACUGGACAAGUACAACUAAACAGCGAGCUGUCGAGACUGCCCCUUUACCAGGUGUACGCGCUCAACAAGGAAUACGAUCAGAUUUCGAUUAUGAAUAUUAGUCUGAUCAACGGGACAGCGAAAGUCAGUUUGGCCUAUCAAAACGAGUCGAGCGACGUUUGGCACUUUUGGGGAAGCACUCGACCAUUGGACACACCGAUUUGUGGAUUCCUCGGAAAAUCGUGCCCCAUCCCGUUUUUCGAUCAAUAUCGAUUAUUGAUUUUUGUAUUCGUUAUUGUUGCCGGAUUGCUCAUUUUGGCAAUUUUCACAUGUCUCACCUCAAUGGUCAGAAACCAGAGAGCUGAGCAAUCAAGGCUAAAUUCUGAAUGGCAAAUUCACGCCAUCAAAUUAAGAAUUCCCGAAAAAAAGGGGCGGAGACUUUCCACAGAUUCUGAGAAUUCCACAGUAACCAAAAGUUCCAAAGGAUCCUCUUCGAAAAAUUUUGAAACAUCGGAAUUCAACGAAAACUAUGAAAUUCAAUUCCUCGAAAACGAUUUGGUCCUAACCACCGCCCAUCAGGUUCAGGAAUUGUCCAAUUUGGACAAAAUGCGAUUGGUAAAAUUGCGAAAAUUGGAUCAUGAGAAUUUGAACAAGUUCAUUGGGCUGUCAAUCGAUGGAUCGAGAUAUCUGGCGGUUUGGAAAAUGUGUACACGUGGAUCAAUACAAGACAUUAUGUCGCGAGGGAACUUCUCGAUGGACUACUUUUUCAUGUUUUGUAUGAUUCGGGAUAUUGCGGAGGGUCUCAACUUCCUUCACAAAUCAUUCCUCCGCCUUCAUGGAAACCUCCGCUCGGCCACCUGUCUUGUAAAUGACUCCUGGCAAGUAAAACUAGCAGAAUUUGGACUGGAAUUUCUCCAGGACGACGAGGAACGUCCAACUCAAAAACGUCUUCUAUGGGCGGCGCCAGAAGUGCUACGCGGCUCACUUACAGUAUCCCAAAUGGAUCCGAGUGCCGACGUGUACUCAUUUGCAAUUGUUGCCUCGGAGAUUCUAACCAAAAAGGAGGCGUGGGACCUGCACAAGCGGAAGGAGGGUUAUGAGGGUAAGCGGGGGAAUUCAAAAAUAGAAAUCAUCUAUAAUGUCAAAAAAGGUGGACCCCAUCCAUUUCGACCAACUCUUCUAACGGAUUCCGAUGUCAACAAGUCCCUCCUCGCGUUGGUCAAAGAUUGUUGGUCGGAAAACCCGGAAGCCCGUCCGAAUACUGAAAAUAUCUGUAAAAUAAUUUUGGAUAUGACACCAAGGACCAAAGAUAAUCUAAUGGAUCAUGUGUUCUCAAUGUUGGAGGAAUAUACGCAGACUUUGGAGGUUGAGGUGGAUGAAAGGACCAAAGAAUUGGUUUUGGAGAAGAAGAAAUCGGAUAUUUUGUUGGGGAGAAUGUUGCCGAAACAAGUCGCAGAACGUCUGAAAGCCGGCCAAGCGGUGGAACCGGAAAGUUUCGAUCUAGUUACCGUAUUCUUUUCGGAUCUCGUCAAAUUCACGGAGUUGGCCAAUAAAUGUUCCCCGUUUCAAGUUGUAAAUCUACUCAACGAGGUUUUCAGCAAUUUCGAUGCGAUCAUUGAAAAACAUGAUGUUUACAAGGUAGAAUCUAUCGGCGAUGGUUUUCUAUGUGUUUCCGGGUUGCCCAAUAGAAAUGGAGUGGAACAUAUUAGACAAAUCGUCGAGAUGGCUUUAGGAUUCCUAGAAUUUUGCGACAAAUUCCGAAUUCCCCACUUGCCGCGAGAGAGGGUGGAGCUAAGAGUUGGAGUUAAUAGUGGAUCCUGCGUCGCUGGUGUCGUUGGUCUGUCAAUGCCACGUUACUGUCUGUUUGGGGAUACUGUAAACACUGCGUCGAGGAUGGAGUCAAAUGGAAAAGCGUCUUUAAUUCAUAUGUCUGAAAUUGCUCAUGCUUUUCUAGUUGACCAUUUUCCCUAUCAGUACGAGACAAAUUCCCGGGGAGAGGUGAUAAUUAAAGGGAAAGGAGUUAUGGAAACUUUUUGGCUUCUGGGAAGAAUAAGCAUGAGCAAUCGGUCAACUCCACCGGUUGCCCAGCUUAAACAACUCCCUCAGAAGUGUUCCAGUUUUACAGAUACCGGAACUAUCCGCUCUGUAAGCCCAUAUAUCGAAAAUGCUAGCGAUAGUGAAGAUGAGGAAUUGAGAAGGGUUAUGCGGCGAGAGAUGAUGAGAGUUUCUUGA